GCCUUUGCCUGCGCGCGGAGCGCCAAGGACCUUCGGCCUGGGAGGAGGCUGUGGUCGAAAUGGCGGCUGAGCAGUCAGGAGGCGCACGUGAACGAUCAGAUGGUCAGGCGCUGCCCCACGUUGUGGAGUACACGCGCAGUGUGCCCAACAACUCCCAGGCUUGGGUCUACUUGGCGCGCGCCAAGCUGGCGCUUGGGGACAAGAAGGAAGCCUACCGCGCGGUGCAAGAGGCAGUCUCCCUGGAUCCGGACAUUUUCCUUGGCUAUGCUUUGAGCUUUCUCGCCGCGCAAGGAUUUUCGGAUGUUCGAAAGUGGCCGAUGGUGGCAAAGCACGCCGAGGCCGCACUGAGCUGUCGCCCGGGGGACCCGAGCUCUUUGGAGCUGCUGCUGCGGGCGCAGCUCUCCAUGGAGGGCCCCUGGCAGGAGACCCUUCGUAUUUUGCGGCAGGUGGAUCCCCAACGCUGUGUCGACAUUCUCACUGAGCUGGCAGAUGGCAGUCGCUCCCCAGUGGAGCGCCACUCCUGGCUCUCAGAAGCUGUGAGCUGCGCCCGCGAAUGCGGACGCGUUUCACGGCAACUGCUUCGUGACAUUGCCGAGGCAGGCCUCGUCAUAGACCGCCGCGACGAGUCUUUAAAGUUCUUUGAGGAGGCUUUUCAUCAUGGUGACGGCCCUCCUGAUGCUGAUGUUGCCAGAUCAUUGGCUCAGAUGUACGUCAGGAAGGAUCGCAUCAAAGAUGCCCUUGAGGUGUACCGCGUGGCCCUCCAGUCAGCCCCGGGCAACUUGGGCCUGAUUCGAGGCUACGGACAGCUGCUUUUGAAGGAAGGCCGCAGCAGCGAGGCCAUCGGGGCAAUCAGCAGAGGUGCCAAGCUGGCGCCACCUUUGGAGGCCUCAUCGCUGCAUCUUCUGCUUGCGGAGCUUCACCAGAGCCUGGGGCAGACUGGAGAGGCGCUCAUCGCUUGGGAGGCUGCGGCCCGAUUGAAUCCAGACAGCCUUGCAGCCUGGCGCGGCUUGGCGCAGGCAUCCCGUUCGGACGCCGCGCUGCAGCUGCGGGCUUUGCGGCGGUUGGUGCAGCUGGAACCGGGCAACGCCCAGUGGCACGCCGAGCUGGCAGCGCGGAAGCUCGCAGCGCCAGACUGUGACGUGUCGGAGGCGGAGGCGGACCUGGCCCGCGCGCAGCAGCUGGAGCCCGGCAACCUUUUGGCACUGGAGCAGAAGGCUUUGCUCUUCGAGAAAGCGGGCAAGGAUGCAGAUGCCCUGCAAUUUCUGGAGUCGGUGGCAAAGGACAACCCAGACUCCAAGGGGGCAUUGCAAGCUGUGGCGGCCGCCCACUGGAAGCGUCGCCACUUUCGGGAAGCUGCAGCCUGGUACCAGGAGUUGGAGCGCUUGGACCAGGGCGGGCUGUGGCCCUGCCGCCUCGGCCAAGCACAGCUUUUCCUCGGCACGACCUCGCAUGCGUUGAGCUGCCUGCAACGUGCGGGUGAACGCCUGAAGCGCGCUGAGAAGGACAUGGAGCCACUUGAUCUGCCAGCAGAGGCUGAAGUUCGGACUUGGCUUGGCUACGGACGCUUGCAAGGUGAUGCUGAAGGAGCACUGGAGAAGCUUCAGCAGGCAUCGCGGACAUCAUCGGAGGCCCCCACUCAUUUAUUUCAGGCCUUGGCGCUGCACCUCUUGGGACGGGACACCUCCAGAGCCCUGGCGGCUGCCCUGCGGGCCGAGCCCCGGCUGCGGGAGGUGGCCCCGCGCCUGCUGCCAGCCCUGCCAAGCAGGAUGCAGCCGCAGGUGGAUACUCUCCUUGGACAUCUCAGCAACGUCAAGGGCGUGUCGGAAGGCUGCCAUGGCUACAGGAGCGAGGAGUAUCAGAUCGGUCAGCAGGUGGAGGUCUACAGCAAGAGUGGCGGCAGCUGGCUCUCUGGCCAGAUUGUGCAGGCUAACCCGGACACGGUGAAGGUGCAGUACACUGUCGGUGAUGGGGCUUGCGAGAAGCUCCUGCUGCGCAACUCUGAGAACUUGAGACCGAUGUCCAAGAAGGCUGCGCAGGUUGCGGAGGUGCAGGCGAAGGGCAUCGACCCAGACCGGGCGAAAAACCAGACACCCAGAAGCACCACGCCACCCAGAAGCACCACGCCGCCCAGAAGCACCACGCCGCCAAGAAGCACCACGCCACCCAGAACGUUACCGGCCGAGCCGCGAUCGCCGGUCGCCAAGAAGGUGGUGCAGGAGGAGCCUAGGAAGCUGCUCCUGAACGCAGAGGACCUUCAGCUUGGCAAGGUGCUGGGUUCUGGUGGCUUUGGCGCCGUGUACCGCGGCAAUUACUUGGGCCAGGAGGUGGCAGUGAAGAAGCUGCACCUCAUAGAUGGCCAGGUCUCAAAGGAGCAGCUGCAGGAGUUCCAAAAAGAGGUCACAAACCUGAAAGAGCUCAGGCACCCGCGGCUGGUGAGCUUCAUUGGUGCUGCCUUCUCGCCGCCACUGCUCAUGAUCGUCACAGAGUUCAUGCCCAACGGGUCACUCUAUGACGCAUUACAUCAGCGCAAGCUGAAGCUGGAGCAGGAGAAGCGCUUCAAGAUCGCCACGCAGGUCUCGGAAGGUGUGAGCUUUCUUCACAGCAAGUCGCCGCCCUUUGUUCACCGCGACCUGAAGAGCAUGAAUGUCAUCAUGGACGACGACCUCAAUGCCAAGCUUUGCGACUUUGGGCUGACUCAGUCCAUGGAGAAGACCCACAUCAGCCGCAGAGACAACGAGGGCGGAUCACCAAGGUACAUGGCUCCAGAGCUCUUCGACUCGCGAGGGAAGAUCACGGAGAAGGUGGACGUUUGGGCCUUGGGCUGCCUCAUGGUGGAGAUCAUUUCCAGCAGGCUGCCCCACGAGGAGUGCACCUCCAUCCAGCAGGUGAUGACGAAGACCCUUGUGGAGAAGCAGCUUCCUUUCACGAAGUGGUGCAGUCUGGAGGUGCAGCGUUUGGCAGAGCUGUGCUUCGUGUUCCCCCCCGAGCAACGCACCAGCGCCAAGCAGCUGCUCCAGGGCCUGCGGCUGCAAACCUUGCACGCGUGAUGGC